GAAGGGAAAUAACAUCAUUUCACAUCCCACACACAACUCAACAACUCAGCGCUUCACAAUACAUUCGUCUUGGAUAAUGGCUUUUCCGCAACACACAAUUUAUAACCCGAGAAUUCCCUUCACCGGGCCCAUAAAUGGUGGUAUACAGGAAGGCACAUCCAUCAUCAUCACUGGAUUGGUCCAACAUGGAGUUGAAAGGUUUCAUGUGAAUUUACAGUGUGGCUCCAACCCAAAUGCAGAUGUUGCUCUCCAUUUUAACCCACGGUAUGACAGUCGCCCGAGCUACGUUGUAACCAAUACUUUCCAGCAUGGUUGUUGGGGUAAUGAAGAAAGGAAGAAAAACUCUCCUUUGGCCAUUGGCACCGACUUCAAGCUGCUCAUCACGGUCUCCAAGGAUUUCUACCAGCUUUACAUCAACGGUUCUCACUUUAUGGAGUAUCGACAUCGUAUCCCGUUUUCCCGAGUGAACUCCAUCUCAAUUGCUGGAAAAGUAGACAUUUCCUCUAUUACCUUCACGAACUCUAUGUUUUUUGGCCAACCGGGAUUUCCUGGUCAGCCUGGCUUUUUACCUCAGCCAGGCUUUCCCCCAUAUGUGACGUAUCCAAACCAGGCAAUGUUUCCACCAUCUCCUGGAUUCCCGUCACAACCAGGAUUUGCUCCACCGGUCUAUGCUGUUCCAUACAAGGCCUUUCUCAGUGGAGGAGUUUUGCCUGGAAGGACAAUCACCAUCCAUGGGACUGUUCACCCAAAUGCAACAAGGUUCCACAUCAAUAUUAACCAUCCCACUGGCAUUGCUCUACAUUAUAAUCCACGUCUGAAUGAGAACAUUGUGGUUCGAAACACCAAGCGGGGGGAGAAAUGGGGCUCGGAGGAGAGGGGCGGCCCGAUGCCCUUCCGCAAGGGACAGCCUUUCACACUGACCAUCUAUUGUGAGAUUCACUCCUUCAGGAUUGUGGCAAACGGGGCGCACGUGCACGACUACAAGCAUCGUUUCACUCAACUGAAUCGACUUUCAGAGCUGGAGAUUGCUGGUGACAUCACCAUCACCUCAGUUAAUGUUUAGAGAUUCAGGAAAGGCAAUCUCAUAUUAAGUCAGUGAUCCUCUCAACUGCAUACACUUACUCACUUCACAUAAUCGUAUUGUAUACUAUGUUAAAGCAAUCGGCACAAUUUUUUAUGAGUGGAAACAAGAGGUCUUUGGUUUAACAAACUAUGUUUGAAAUGAUCAUUUAUACUAUAGAGUGAUUUAAUUGUGAAUUACAGUCAGUUUUGAAAGUUUAUUUUCUCAUACAUUUUUCCAGUUCAUAUGUAUAAUCAUUCUAAAUGUGUGACAAAUUUAAAUAAAUAAAAGUUGGAUUUGAUUGGGUUGUUGCUGAUUGUAUGAUGCUGAUUGACAAAACCAAUUAAAUCUUUUUUGAGCUGUAAGGAAGUUUCCAUUCUUAAUGACUAACAAUCCGCUAGUUAUAAUAUCAAACUUGUGUCAGAGAAACAAAUACAGUAGUUGGUGCUGUUUCUUAACUUUUGUAUUCUAAACUGAUUUAAAGAGAUCCACGGACAUAAAGACAAGUA